CCCAUGGUGCCCGCUGUGGGUCUCUCGGUGGCAGAGAUGCGAGGGAUGCUGCUGGUGCUGCUUGGCCUUCUCCACUCUUCCACCAGUUGUGGCAUCCAGAAAGCCUCCGUUUUCUAUGGUCCUGACCCUGAGGAGGCCUUGGUCAACAGCAUGGAGUUCCCGUGGGUGGUGUCGCUGCAGGACUCCCAGUACACACACCUGGCUUUCGGCUGCAUCCUCAGCGAGUUCUGGGUCCUCAGCAUCGCAUCCGCUGUUCAGAACAGGAAGAACAUUGUUGUUAUAGUGGGUAUAAGUAACAUGGAUUCCAGGAAGAUUCGUCACACAGAGUAUCCAGUUAAUACCAUCAUCAUCCAUGAGGACUUUGAUAACAACUCCAUGAGCAACAACAUAGCCCUCCUGAAGACAGACACAGCGAUACAUUUCGGCAACCUGGUCCAGUCCAUCUGCUUCCUUGGCAAAGAGCUGCAUACACCUCCAGUCUUGCAGAACUGCUGGGUGUCAGGAUGGAAUCCCACAUCUGCAACAGGAAAUCGCAUGACGAUGAGUAUCCUGAGGAAAAUCUUUGUGAAAGAUGUUGACAUGUGUCCCCUACACAAACUCCAGAAGACAGAAUGCGGCAGCCACAAGAAAGAGGAAACCAAGACUGUCUGCUUGGGGGACCCAGGAAGCCCAAUGAUGUGCCAGCUACAGCAGUUCGAUCUGUGGGUUCUGAGAGGAGUCGUGAACUUCGGUGGUGAGCCGUGCCCUGGCCUGUUUCUGUACACCAAGGUGGAAGACUACAGCAACUGGAUCACAUCCAAGGCUGAAACGGCCGGCCCUCCCCUGUCUUCACUUCACCACUGGGAAAAGUUGAUUUCUUUCUCCCACCAUGGGCCAAAUGCCAUGACACAGAAGACAUAUUCUGAUUCUGAACUGAGCCAUAUUGAAUCAUACUUCCAGGGACAAAGAAGGACCACCAUGCAUUCACAGCUAGCAUCUAGGGAUGGUCUAGAUUUUAGGGAGAAGGGUGUAAGGGAAUCAGACAGGUCUCCUGAGGUGCCUGUACAACCCUUAUACUAUGACUAUUACGGUGGGGAGGUAGGGGAAGGUGGGUCUUCUGCAGGUCAGAACAGGUUGCAUCAGCCCAAAGAAAUCAUCUUGGUUUCCUUUGUGCUUGUUUUCUUUUGCAGCAAUAUCUAGUCCAGGAGCUACGCCACCAAACUGAAGAGUAAGCUCAGAACGCUGGGUACCAGGCAUUCACCAUGCUGUUUUGGUGUCUGUUUUUGAUAGUGGCACACCAGAGCUGCCACGGAUACACCCAUGGUGCACACUGGGCUGGCUCUCCCUCCUCUGUCCCACUCCCAUGUGUGGGAAGGUCACUUUCAUCGUGCUUGUGAACUAAAUGCAAGCUAACAAGUGUCAAACCA